GCUGCCACUCGCCGCCGGUUCGGUCUUCGAGCGGUUUAGUUUAGUUUACUUUAGUCGUGUCCCAAAUAUGGUCGGUUGAGGUGUAUGGUACGCGUUUUUUUAACGGUGGGACCACGUGCUUUUGCUUGUAGAUUAAGGAGGCGAGUGCCGUAACGAAUAGAACCGCUAGAUUCGCGUCGGAUUCACGUAUAGACCUAGCAAAGCGAUGAACCAGUAGAGCGAUUCUCAUAUAAGACUGAUAAUUUUUCCUCGGGAACAACAAAAUUCGACCAUCAUGAGUUACAGGGAACGCGAGUAUCUUUACAACGAAAGAAAUGGCGGAACUAUACAAUCCAGAGCAGGUGGUGCGGACGCGGAGACCAACGAGAAAACCCGUCUGCAAAAGCCAGUGAAGCUCCAACCCAGCUGGGAAGAGAACAAUUUGCCCGAAUCGGAGCUGAAUUUUAAAAAUUUAACGAUGGACGAAGCCAGCCUACAGAUCCACACGCCACGAGACAAAUACAAUUGUGUAUAUAUUAUAUUUUUGAUACAUGGAAUCGCCACUUUGUUGCCUUGGAAUAUGUUUAUUAAUGCCAGAGCUUACUUUACAAACUUUAAACUGGGAGAAAACUCUUUGGGAUUCAAAUAUUCCGGCAACGAGAACUUCAUGCAAACUUUAACGUUCUUUUCGCAAGUUCCUAAUGUUAUUUUUAAUUGGUCCAACAUAUUCGUGCCUCUCAAAGGUGAUCUUACCUUAAGAAUAAUGUGGAGUAUUGCCAUCAACAUACUGAUCUUUAUAGUUACAAUAAUACUUGCCAUGGUCGACAGUUCACAGUGGCCUGACGCAUUUUUUUGGUCUACCAUGAUUAAAGUAGUUAUCCUUAAUAUGGCUAAUGGCAUAUACCAAAACACCGUAUACGGAAUGGCUGCUAAACUACCUACCAAAUACACCGGAGCUAUCAUCCUUGGCAACAACAUUUGUGGUACCUUCACCACUGUGGCUUAUAUAUUUUCCCAUUAUGUGGCAUCUAGUGAUAAAAUGGCCGCAAUUUGGUACUUUAUCACUGCCCUUCUUGUGCUACUUAUUGGGUUCGAUACCUAUUUUGCCUUACCGUUAAAUAGAUUUUAUAGACAUUAUGAUAUAAGGGAUAAGAAACAACAAGAGAAGAGGAUGUCUGAAGCAGGAGCUACCGAAAGACCGCCAUUUUUAAAGAUUAUCAAACAGGCUUGGCCCCAAUUGCUAAACGUCUUUCUUAUAUUUUUCGUUACUUUGGCUAUAUACCCUGCUGUCAAUUCAGGUAUUAAAGCGAGCAGCGAGUCAUUCUUUCUAAAAGACGAAUUCCUGUACGAACAAAUAUUAUGUUUCCUUACGUUUAACGUGUUUGCUAUGCUGGGCAGCAUCGUAUCUGGAUUCGUGACUUGGCCGUCAAAGAAGUACUUAUGGAUCCCGGUGACCCUUAGGCUGCUCUAUAUCCCCUUUUACCUUUUCUGUAAUUACAAACCGAUACUGCCUACCGAUCAGGUUAGAGUUUUGCCUGUUUAUAUAAAUAACGACUAUGCUUAUUGGAUCGUAGGAUCUACCAUGGCUUUUACCAGUGGAUAUUUCAGUUCGUUGGCGAUGAUGUAUACUCCCAGUAUGGUGGAAAACCAAUAUGCAACAGUAGCAGGGAUGUUUGCAGGGGCAGCACUGAUAACGGGAAUAUUCAGCGGAAUUUUAAUGAGUUUCUUAUGGCCAUGGUUCGUAAGCCAUGUCGGUUGGUAACAAAAGUGCGAGGUAUACGGUACCGAAUGGGAGUUUUCCAUAAAAUUCCGAUAAAACGACCGUAUACCAUAUUAAAAAAAAAAAGAUAAUUGUUAUUACACAUUGUUAACCCUUAAUUGUUGAGGGAAUAGAACCAGAGCGUUUUAAAUAGAAUCGUAAGACAGUUAAGGUAUAUAGGCGUUAAAUCGACCCUGCCCAGUCCAUGAGAAAUUGUAUUUAUUUUUAAGUUAAUUGUUGAUUUUUGUUAGAGCUACAUCCAUCCAUGUGCUAUAAAUUUACAUUUAUACCUUUGUUGGUUAUUUUUUUGAAGGCACAAAAAGUGAAACAAAUGGAAUUAAAUACAUACGUUAGCUCAGCCCUUUUGCUAAAUGUUUACAUUUUUUUAACCUUUUUAAUUGUUUGUUUUUUAUAUAUAUUUAACUAAAGAGGGAAAUUUACUAUUAACCGUAAGGAUAAGUAAAUAAUUACUACAGAAUUGGGCAUAAUGGCCACGAUAAAACAAUCAUAGUUCUUCCAAAAGAAGUAGAUAUUUCUUUUUAAAUUUUUUUGUUUAUGACUUGUUUGUUUAAGUUUUUCAAUGCAACUGAAUGAAAACUAUAAUAUUAAUUUGGUAAUUGUUUAUAGGAGCCCUAGUUUUUUACUUUUUUUGUAUAUAGAUCACUUAUAUUGAUUUAAAAUAAAAACAUUUAUUAUUGAUA